UGUACCUAUAUUUUGUAUAUAUGCACCAUAUAUAGCUAUAUAUACUAAACAAAGUCCAUUCUUUCUGUAGCUAGGAACUGCCACUGGUAGUUAGAGAAAAUGUACAACACAGAAACAGACCAUGAAGACCUGAAGGUACCAUAUUCUCCCAGUGAAGUCUUGGAGAUGCCCCAGAUCAGCAAGCAAGAUCUGAAUGCUUCCCAUGCCACCAAUGAUGAACGGGAAGCCCCUAAUAUGUCCGACAGAGACCAAGAAAUGCCUAAAAUUGCCUCUGAAAGCUUGGUGAUGCCUCCACCAUCCAAAGAAUGUAUGAAUGUUCCUCAGGUUACAGACAAAGAUUUGGACAUGUCUCAUCCUCCCUCUGAAGAUGCAAUGCCUUCUCCACCUGCUCAAGUUCUGAAUCCGGAGAGUUCAGUGGCCCAGAUGGACUUAAGCCUUCAGAAUCAAGUGAUGACCACCCCAUCAGGACAUUCUGAGGUUUGGAAGAAGGGAGGCCGUCUGCUGUCUGCGCUUAUGGCCAUUAACAUUGGUCUGUUUGGCAGUGUCCUUGUGAGCAGCGGGUCACUGGAACAUGUGAUUGUACAGGAUAAGGAAGUGUUGGCUUUCCUUGUUGUUCUUAUGCUGCUUUCCGUUUUCUGGAUGAUUUUCCAGUUCUACUUCUCCUGCCAAAAAAAUGCUGUCCUGUAUAAAGAUUCACAUGCGGGACCAGUGUGGCUCAGAGGAGGUCUGGUGUUUUUUGGUAUCUGCAGUCUGGUUAUGGAUGUGUUCAAGAUUGGAUAUUACAUCAGUUACAUUGAUUGUGAGUCCCCAAUUAAACUCAUUCACCCCAUGGUACAGAGUGCAUUUAUCAUCAUGCAGACUUAUUUCCUCUGGGUCUCCAGCAAACACUGCGUGCAGAUUCACAAAAAUAUUUCAAGGUAUGGCCUCAUGCUGAUACUUAUCACCAACCUCAGCAUCUGGAUGGCAGCUGUAACAGAUGAGUCUGUCCACCAAACCAGAGACCUUGAGGAUGACCAUAAAAUUGUCCACAGCAACCCAGCUGGGUCCCAUGACCACAAAGAAGUGAUAGGAGCACACAAACACACUUGCCAAUGCAGCAACCACCUGUGCCACAUCUUCCAGACAGGAUAUUACUACCUAUACCCAUUUAACAUCGAGUACAGUCUGUUCGCCUCAGCUAUGACAUAUGUUAUGUGGAAGAACGUUGGCCGUGAAAUGGAUGACCAAGUGGCUCAUCACAGUCGCCUCAGCCUUUGCUUUUGCUUUAAGAACAUGUUUGCUGGGUUCCUAUUCGGAGGGGCAGUCUUACUGUGCGGUGUUGUUGUCCUUGUCAUCUACAAGGUCAAGAUCAAUUUACCGAAUAAGCUCUACAGGGCACACAUCUUAUUCUAUUCAUUCAAUAUCGUGGCUCUUGCACUCAUGUCGCUGGGUUCCUUGGCUGGAUCCAUUAUAUACAGGUUUGACAAGAGGCAUAUGGACGCUCAUAAGAAUCCUACUCGGACUCUGGACGUUACCUUGCUCCUAGGAGCAGCCUUGGGUCAGUACUGCAUCUCUUACUAUUCCAUUGUAGCCAUGGUGGCCACUUCUCCUGGGGAACUGAUCAAUGCCCUAAAUUUGCUCUACUCUAUUCUCAUGAUCGUGCAACUUACUCUUCAGAAUACCUUCAUCAUAGAAGGGCUUCACAGAGAACCUUUUCAAGAUGCUGCCCCACAGCCAGAGAAGGGGCUUAUCUUUGCCAAUGAGACUGUGGCUCCUUCCCUAUCUCAUAAUGAAACCCCAGGAUUCUCAGCACCAGCUCCUGAUUUCCCAGUCAAGCCCAAACAGAGUAUAGCUGAACCCCCAUGGAAUCUUAAGCGUAGGCUGGUUCAGGAGAUAUCCCUCUUUCUGCUGCUUUGUAACAUCAUUCUCUGGCUAAUGCCAGCAUUUGGCGCUCGCCCACAACUGAAGAAUAAUCUGGAACUGAACUUCUAUGGACUGUAUGUGUGGACUAUAAUCACCAACAUCUGCUUGCCCUUUGGCAUCUUCUACCGCAUGCAUGCAGCCGCCAGCCUACUGGAAGUCUUUCGAAUGUCAUAGGCAGGACAAAGGUCUGUAACUGAGUCAGAGGGGACGGCGCCAAAGAGAAGGUGGACAAAGAAAUCUCAGGGAUAAUUUUUCCUGGAUUCUGUGCCUUAACAUGUGGGGAGCAUUUUUAUCAUUUGAGCGCCCCGACAUGUCAGCUGUGUGACUGUCUUGCACCCUCAUUUCACAUAAUCAAUGAAAUAAUGAAACCACUUUAAGAAUUUUGGACAAAAUAUGUUAAACCAGAAGAUACAAGAGUUGUACCAAAUCUCAGAAUUCCCCGGGUUUCAAAAUCAUGCAAAUAAGGUUUAUAUUCAUGUCAGAUGAAAGUAUUUCUUAGACUCAG